AUAUUUAACGGAAUAGAGAAAAUUUAUUAAGCCAUUUGAGGAUAUUGUCUUUUCCCCUAUCCCAUCUUACUGUCCAAAAGCUACGUAUACGGGCGACAUGGGAGCUAAGUUCCGGGGCCGAAUGGCAGCAUCAGCCUGGGAUUUGAAACAACAACCUUCUCAUCGUGAGAACGGAGCCCCAACCUGCUGAACCACCACGCUGCCCAAAUCAACCAAGACUGAUCAUUAUGAACUGAUUACACAACAGCCUGCACAAAACCCCCUGCUUCGGCACUCCUGGUCCACACUGCUCUCUCUCUCACUCUCUCUCUCUCUCUCUCUCUCUCUCUUUCCUUCUGUGUUUUUCCACUUUUCCGUCUCAUAACAAGGAGUGAUGUGAGGAUUUCAAACAUUUCAAAAGGCAUGACAGGAAACAGAGGAGAGGGGGAGAUGUGGGACGACUGACACGAGCGGAAAGGAAGAGACUCGCCGACAGGGAACAUCAAAACAAGACAAAUCAGCAGGACAUCUGUGCCCUGUGGUUCACGUCCCUGGCAUGAAUAACAGCAGCUCCUUCUGCACAGUGCUGGAGUCCUUGAGGAACAGCUCCAACCCAAACGAGACCAAUUUCGGCAACAUGGCAGUGGUGGUCUUUCACGGAAUCUGCUGCACCAUGGGCAUCCUGGAAAACGCGCUCAUCCUGUGGGUGGUGGGCUUCCGGGUUCGCCGCACUGUGGCAGCCGUGUGGGUGCUGAACUUGGCGCUGUCGGACUUCCUGGGAGUGCUGACGCUGCCGCUCUUCACCUACUACCUGUCCUCGUCUCACAGCUGGGAGCUGGGCGAGCCGCUCUGCGUCGCCCAGUCGGGCCUGUUCUUCCUCAACAUGUUUGUCAGCGCCUUCCUGCUGGCCACCAUCAGCCUGGACCGCUGCCUGCUGGUGAUGCAGCCCAUUUGGAGUAAGACCCACCGUUCGGUGGCCAUGGCCAGGAAGAUUUGUGCCCUGGGCUGGCUUUGGGCAGGCAUCAACACCCUUCCAUAUAUGCUUUUCCGCGCCGUCAUUCCUAAAACAAAUAAUCGCUCUCUCUGCUACCAUCACUUUGCCCGCUUCUCUACUCCUGAAACCCUAGAGCAUGACUGCCAAGUCCGUCAGGUGGCCACAGCCCUGAGCAAGUUCCUGCUGGCGUUCCUCAUCCCGCUGAGCAUCAUCGCCUGCAGCUACGCCUGUGUGAGCUGGAAGCUGAGGCAGAGACACUUGCAGAGACAGAACAGUCUCUUCACCAACAGGAGGAUCUACUCCAAUAGCACCUCCAGCACUCUCUCCCCCAGGUUCUCCAAGAUGGUGAUGGCAGUGAUCGCCAUCUUCAUCUUCACCUGGUCUCCCUACCACAUCUUCUGCCUCCUUGAGGUGACUUCCUCUCACCGCAAUGUGGUGGAGGUGGGUCUCCCAAUAGCCGCCACCUUCUCCUUCCUAAACGCUACCCUCAACCCCUUUCUCUACGCAUUUAGCUGCCCGGACUUUUGUGAAAGGAUUCGGGAAAGUAUGGGGGCCGUCUUGGAGGGUCUUCUGACGGAGGGUGAAGACACAGGGUCAGCCAGAUUGCAAUUUAAUGGUGUUAGAAGGUCAGUCACUGAAAAAGUCAGAAAUAUAGACAAUAAUAGCAAAACAGAGAUAGGAAGUUAAUGGUCUAACAUCUGGGGUUAAAAUUGAGUUGUGUUGCUUCAUUCCAACAUAUAAACCUGCUUUAAUGAUCCACAGGUAAAUAAUUCCUUAGCCUUUGAACACAAGAAAUAAUUUAAACACAAAAGUAACUGGAAGAAGAAUACUUAGAUCAUAUUUAGCCUGAAGCUAAUUAAUUAAAUUCCACAUUUAUUGAAUGCAACAUUAUUCGCUGUUUACAUAGUACAUUUGUCAUUGUAAUUGUAGAUCUAUCAUUCAUAAUGGAUUGCCAUUCUUAAUGAUAAUUAUUGUUUUGUAUAGAAGGUAUUUAUAUGAAUAUGCAUGUAAUUUCUCUUUGUGAAACUGUGGCAGUCAGCAGAAGCAAACAUACAUACGAUACGUUUGAUAAAUUAAAAAAAAUAAAAAUUAUAGCGGUAUAAUUACCUCCUUAUAAGUGGUCACAAAAAAUGCAUGGAUGUUUACAAGUGCACCUCAUUAAAUAAAAGUCAUUUUUCAGAAA